CCCAGCCAAUAGCAGGAAGGAAAGGCAGAGGUCGGGCUCCCGGCUAUGACACCCGGUGUAGUGAGAGCGGGUGAGCGGCUGCCACGUCACCGCUGCUAGCGUCAAGGCGGCGGGAGGCGGAGGCAGGGAGACAAACAUGGCGGCCUCUAUCCGGGAGAAACAGACGGUGGCUUUAAAGCGUAUGCUGAAUUUUAAUGUUCCUGUUGUAAAGAGCAGCACAGGGGAGCCAGUAUGGAAGGUCCUUAUUUACGAUCGGUUUGGCCAAGACAUAAUUUCUCCCCUGCUAUCUGUGAAGGAGCUGCGAGACAUGGGCGUCACAUUACACCUGCUCUUGCACUCUGACCGUGAUGCAAUCCCAGAUGUUCCUGCUGUGUAUUUUGUGAUGCCCACAGAAGAAAACGUGGACAGAAUAUGUCAGGACCUGAGAACACAGUUAUACGAGUCCUAUUAUUUAAACUUCAUUUCUGCCAUUUCCCGCAGUAAACUGGAGGACAUUGCAAGUGCAGCACUCACCGCCAACACUGUCACGCAUGUCUCAAAGGUCUUUGACCAGUACUUGAAUUUUAUAACAUUGGAGGAUGACAUGUUUGUACUUUGCAACCAAAACAAGGAGCUUGUGUCAUAUAGAGCUUUGAACAGACCAGAUAUCACAGAAACUGAGAUGGAAACGGUCAUGGAUACUAUUGUAGACAGUCUUUUCUGCUUCUUCGUCACACUGGGUGCGGUGCCCAUCAUACGAUGUGCCAGAGGGAAUGCAGCAGAGAUGGUGGCAGUGAAACUGGAUAAGAAACUACGUGAAAAUCUUCGAGAUGCCAGAAACAGCUUGUUCACUGGGGAUAACCUUGUGGCUGGGCAGUUCAGCUUCCAGAGGCCGUUAUUAGUUCUUGUGGAUAGAAACAUUGACCUUGCAACUCUGCUUCACCAUACAUGGACAUACCAGGCCCUGGUGCAUGAUGUUCUGGAUUUUCAUCUUAACAGAGUCAAUCUAGAGGAGUCCCCAGCGGCGGAAAGCAGUCCUGCAGGUGCCCGGCCCAAGAAGAAGAACAAGAAGUCUUACGAUCUAACGGUGGCAGAUAAAUUCUGGCUAAAGCACAAAGGCAGCCCCUUUCCUGAGGUUGCCGAAUCAGUGCAACAAGAGCUGGAGUCCUACCGCAGUCAAGAAGAUGAAGUGAAAAGACUUAAAACCAUAAUGGGACUGGAAGGUGAAGAUGAAGGCGCAAUCAGCAUGCUAUCCGACAACACAGCCAAACUAACGUCUGCGGUCAGCUCUCUUCCUGAGCUCCUUGAGAAGAAGAGACUCAUAGAUCUCCACACAAAUGUUGCCACUGCAGUGCUGGAGCAUAUCAAGGUUCGGAAGUUGGAUGUAUAUUUUGAGUAUGAAGAGAAAUUAAUGAGCAAGUCUACUUUGGAUAAAUCUCUCCUAGACAUAAUCUCGGACCCUGAUGCUGGAACUCCAGAAGACAAGAUGAGGUUGUUCCUGAUCUAUUACAUCACGUCUGCACAGCCCCCCUCAGAGACUGACCUAGAUCAGUAUAAGAAGGCCCUGGAAGAUGCAGGUUGUAGCUUGGCACCUUUAAACUACAUUAAACAGUGGAAGGCCUUUGCAAAGAUGGCGUCCGCUCCAGCCAACUAUGGAACUGGUGCUACUAAAUCCAAAGGACUGCUCUCCAGAGUCAUGAAUACGGGGUCACAGUUUGUCAUGGAGGGGGUGAAAAACUUGGUUCUAAAGCAGCAGAACUUGCCAGUUACUCGAGUACUUGAUAGCCUCAUGGAGGUCAAAUCCAAUCUGGAGACAGAUGACUAUAGAUAUUUUGAUCCCAAGAUGUUACGUGGAAAUGACAGUUCUAUACCAAGGAACAAGAAUCCAUUUCAGGAGGCCAUUGUAUUUGUUGUUGGAGGAGGUAACUAUAUUGAGUAUCAGAAUCUAGUGGAUUACAUAAAGACCAAACAAGGAAAGCAUGUUCUCUACGGCUGCACAGAGCUGUUCAAUGCUACACAAUUUGUUAAACAGUUGUCUCAGCUUGGACAGAAGUAGAAGAUGCAGUGGCCACUGACCAGGUUCCACUCCUUUCCCAGGCCUGUGAUCUGAUCAUGCUAGGGCAGUAAGUCCCAUACUUGCACCGUUCCAUGGACCCUUCUGCUGGCAGAAACCUGCACCAAGUCUGCAAGUGUGAGAGAGGAAGGACAAACCCACAUCUCCGCGAGAUUUUACGCUCUGUAUGGUUAAUGAUUUGCCAGCUCUACAAGCUACUUUAAAGGACUCCCUUAUUUAACUUUGCUGGACGCGUGCCGGCCCCAGUAACAUUGGCAUUAACACAGUCUCUGUACAAACAGGUCAUUUCUAAAUAAAAAUUAUAGCUAUUGUUUAAUUUUAUAACGCAUAA